UAAAUAAUUUGGCUACGGAAUCGAAAGCUCAGAAGAUAGAGCUUAUUUGACGACACUUCGAGAUAAGAUAAGGACGAGAUAGAAAAUACACUAUAAAUACGCUCAAAAUGGAACAUAACUCACAGUCGUAUUUGGAUCAUGGCAGGAAUCACAGUAUCGGAAUUGCACCGUUGUCUCCAGGCUUGUGGAUUCGGUGCACUGGGCGAAAGUCUGGCUUCGACAAUCACUAGAAAGAUCAACGGAUCAAUCGGCAGUCGCAAUGAGGCGGCCAUGUUCAUUGCUCAGCUAAUCCACGAGAGCGGCGGCUUUCGGUAUCGGGAAGAGAUUAGUCGCGGUGCAGGACAACCUUACCGCCCGUACUAUGGUCGAGGAUACAUACAGUUGACCUGGAAGGAUAACUACCGUGCAGCAUCCAACGAUUUGUACGGCGAUGAGCGUUUAGUGAACAACCCGGAUCUGGUAUCCGAAAGUUCGGCAACGAGCAUGGAUGUAUCUGUCUGGUUCUGGACAAGAAUAGUUCGUCCCAGAGCGGCACCGUUUAAUAAUUUUUACCGCACAACCGACGCUAUCAAUGGAGCAUUGGAACCUCCUGGUAGUGAGCUUGCAAGACGACGCUACAAUUUUUAUUGCAAGGUAGCAAAGGUGCUAGAUGCUUAUCCUUUGGCUCGCGAAUGCUAGACAAUGAAGUGUUUUAUGUAUGUCAAAAAUUUGGCUAAAGCUCUG